UUAUUCUAUAUAAAAACAUAAAAUUAAAGGAGGGUGUACUUUCUUUUUCCUAUGACUGUGCAUACAGCAACUAAAGUCUGAUGCACUGUUAAUGACUUUACUAAACAUGUUCGGUUCUUUGAAAAGGCAAAAAAGCCAUAGUCUGUGUGAGAGUUCUUUCUUCUUCUAGCUUUUUAGCAACUGACCACAAGUAAACAAUAUCAACAUGCCCCCUUGUGUUGGUGCACUUGAUCAGCUUUAAGCUGCGUGUGUAGCAGAACCACAGUGAGGCGUCAGUGACACAGAAGAGAAAGGCUUUAAACCACUUUCAGAGGAUACACAUAGAGAACUUUCCUACAACGCUGUAGGUGCAUUUAUUUUGUCUUUACAGCCGCCCACAGCAAACAUUUAUAGAUUAAGAGACUUCAGACACACACUGAGUGAGGAAGUGUUUUUUGAGCCUCAGCUUUCAUCUACUUUAGUCAUUCACUAAUACAGCAAUGCAGGACUUUCAUGGAUAUACUGUUUCCAUCUCUGGUGUGCUGUUGUUUGCGCUUCUACAGGGUGUGUGUGGUGUUUUGGCUGACGCAGUGAUGGUGCUCAAAGUUGGGAGCUCCCUGGAUCUUCCUGUUCAAUACCCAAUUGAAUCAUUGUUAUUGGUUCAGUGGGUCUUCAAUGGGAAAAUUUUUGCUGAAUACAGUACAGACCAAAGUUACACACUUCUGGAGUCCCAGUUCAGUGGAAGAUUAAAGGAGGACAAUGAUAGAGUUGGAGUAACUGUACAAGAUCUCCAACCCCAAGACUCUGGGACAUUCUCAGUGACUGCAGAAGGCACUGAAACACAGCUUCCAACACAAACAUUUAAAGUUUAUAUUCAAAUUCCCAUAACAGCUGUGCAGAUUGGGAAGAAUCAGGCGUGGAUAUUGUCCACAAACAGCUGUGAUGUUGAUGUGAAGUGUGCAGCGCCUGGUGCUGAGAGUGUCUCCUACCUGUGGAGCGGCUAUAAGACUGGGAGUGGAGCUCAGCUGCAGUUCAGUCUCUCACCAGCAGAAGGAGCUGUUACACUGAACUGCACUGCAGCUAACAACGUCAGCUCCAGUUCUGCUACAGAGACACUGAACUGUAGCGUAAAAAUCACACUUUUACUGUAACUACACAAACUUCACAAAAAUGUCUCUGCACUGCAUCAGUGUGUGUGUGUGUGUGUGUGUGUGUGUGUGUGUGUGUGUGUGUGUGUGUGUGUG